AUGAUAAAGCAAGAGAUCAUCAAAGUCUCGGGAUAUAGCGCUAGUACGGAUUUAGAUGUAGAAAAGCGACAGUUGUUAUUAAUUUACAAAUGUGAUAAAAGAAGAAAACAAAAGUGUUCUGAGAGUGAUUUUAAAGGAGAUACAAAUCCAGUACUUAAAUUGUGUAAUUAUCAGCAGGCUCCAGAUAAUAUAUGGUGUCAAUAUUGGUUUAUGGGCAGUUUCUUGGUAUCCUUUCCCGAUCUUGACGCUGUCAUUGAUUUACCUGUCAUGAUCCUGUUACACCUUAUGCCACAAAUAUGCUUUAUGAGUAACCAGUGCUCAGACUCAAUAUUUAUCAUUAAACUGUCAGCUCUUUAA